CGCUGCAUAUAAAUACUGUUCGCUUGCAGGAGGCAGCGUGUGGAGACUCUGCUCUUGCUUCCUGUUUGGUUUGGGACCCUUGAAACCACAAUGAAGACACUUGUGAUUUUCCUGGCGAUAAUCAUGGCCGCAUCUGCCGCAUUCAGCAAAGGGCUCCUCAUGCAGUCGCUGAACUUCCCGAUGGAGACAGACGACAGCUACGUGAAGGUGCAGCCCAAUAAGCCCAUGGGCCUGACCGCCUUCACCCUCUGCGCCAAGAUCCUGACGGACGCUGGCGGAGUCCUCUCCAUCUUCUCCUACGCCACCCAGAACCACAACAACGAGCUGCUCCUGGGCAGGGAGACCAACGGCAAGUUCAGCCUCCACCUUUCGGGACCUCCCGUGCUCUUUGACGCCUCCAUGGCUCAGGUGGGAUGGACACCCCUGUGCGUCACCUGGGAGUCGAAGACCGGGAUGACCGCCCUGUGGGUCAACGGCACUCGCAGCGUCCGUAAGAAGUACCAGACCGGUCGCACGCUGGAGGCGGGCGGAGUCAUCAUAUUGGGCCAAGAUCAGGACAACGUACAGGGGGGGUUCCAGAAGAAAGAGUGCUUUAUUGGGGAGAUGACUGACAUCCAUCUGUGGGAUUACAUCCUGGUUCCCAGUGAGAUCAGGCAACGCAGCAGGAAAUCCAUCAAUCCCAGAGGCAACGUGAUUGACUGGAACACUAUGAAGUAUGAGACCAAAGGCACUGUUAUUGUUAGUCCCUCAGAUAUCUACCCCCAGCAAAACUGAGACGUCUCUAUAUCUCUCUUUCCCCCACACAUCCCACCCUCCACCCACUCCCCCUCUCUCCGCCAUCUUCUGCCACAUCCAUAAGGCGUAUUCCCAAUCGCUCAGUCUAUGACGCCAAUCCCAAUGCUUGACUAUCACGUGGGUUACUUCACCAUUGUGUGGGGCGUUGGGGGGUGGGAUUUGUACAUUGACCGUGGUUAUAUAAUUCGAGCAAAUAAAAGCGGUGAACAUGGA